GCCGGCGCGCGAGGAGACCCAGCCGUCGCGGGCGCGGUUGGAGGCGAUGGCGUGAGGUGCUGGGGUGCCACACCGCCAGCCGCAGGCGCCAUGUCAUGGAGGGCAUGUUGACGGCCAACAGCACGACAACCGCCAACAGCUCGUACCUGUUCCCCGACGACAACGACGGCAACGACGGCCAUGUCCUCUGCGACGGCGGCGAGCUGCGCUACGGCGUCGGCCUCACUGUCGUCAUCUGCGUCGCCUACCUGGCCGUCUUCGUCGUCGGCGUGCUCGGCAACGUGUGUGUCGUCAUGGUGGUCGCCUCGUUCCCGCGCAUGCGCUCCACGACCAACCUGUUCAUCGCCAACCUGGCCAUCGCCGACCUGCUCGUCAACGUCGUCUGCCUGCCCUUCACGCUCGUCAGCAACGUCCUCAAGGAAUGGGUGCUCGGGGAUGCCAUCUGCAGGACGCUGCCGUACCUCCAGGGCGUGUCCGUGUCCGCGUCCAUCUACACGCUCGUGUGCAUCAGCGUGGAGCGCUGCCUCGCCAUCUGCUACCCGCUCAAGUGCCAGCUCAGCCUGCGGACCUGCCGCCAGCUCAUCGCCUUCGUGUGGGCCGUGUCGCUGCUGGUCACCACGCCCUGGGCCGUCGUCUUCACCACGGAGAUGUACGACGAGGAGGCGGGCGAGAAGUGCAGCAAGUACCUGAUCUGCUGGGAGGGCUGGCCGUCGGAGCUUUGGGAGACGCUGUACUUCGUGCUGGCGCAUUUGUCCAUGUGCUACCUGCUGCCGCUGGCCUGCAUCUCCGUGUGCUACGCGCUCAUCUGGAGGCGGGUGUGCAUGCGCAAACUGCCCGGCGAACCACAGCUCGGCGGCCAGUUGAUGCUGCACCGCUCCAAGAUGAAGGCCGUCAAGAUGCUGCUCGUGGUGGUGGUGUCGUUCGCGCUGUCCUGGAUGCCGCUGUACGUGAUGGUGUCCCGCGAGCGCUUCGGGCCGUCCGCGCCCAGCGAGCUGGAGCGCGAGGUGAUGGCCGUGCUGCGCCCCUUCGCCCAGUGGCUCGGCACCUCCAACUCGUGCGUCAACCCCAUCUUCUACGCCUACUUCAACCGCAAGUUCCGUGCCGGCUUCAUGACCAUCCUCUCCAACCACACCUGCUGCCUGUCGAACAAGUACGAGUACGACCAGUGCUCCGUGGAGUUCCGGUGGCAGAAGCGCGGGCUGGCCGCGGGGGCGCUGGCGGGCGCGGGGGCGCUGGUGGGCGUCGGGGCGGGGCCGCGCAGGGGCUCCAGGGAGCUGGCCGCCAGGACGCCAGCCCGCCACCUCAUCGCCCGCGCCAACACGGUCUGCGAGGUGAGUGAGUCUCGAGAGUGUCUCGCCCGAGUGUCCAGCGAGUCUCACUACCAGGCUGUGCCUUCGGCUGUGCCGACCCUGCAGGUCGCCGGCGCCAUCCCCCGGUGCAGAGUAUCGGCGUGCAACGGCGCCUCGUCCUCCUCCAUGGGGGCCACCCUCGUGUAGCGAGGACAUGCCAUACCUUAAACUAUUGCGUCUCGCAUUUCGUCCUUGACGUACGACGCAACGGAUACCUCUGAAGCAAGCGAAAUUCGCUUUUGUAGUGAACGAUUAAGUUGUGUUGCUAGUACUUUCUAAAAACAAACGGACAACGCAGCGACUCCAGCUAAACGAAGAAUUCGGAGUGGCAAACUCAAAAGACGGUCCUCAAAUUGCGUCUUAUCCGCUCUACGUUGCGGAGAUAGCUUGGUAGCACAGUACUUACAAGUAAAAUUGAUUAGCUGUAUUUGUUUAUGUAGUAUCUACCAGAGAGCCCAAAUUACUUAAUGAAUUAACCCAAAGAUUAACCAUUGUGGGUACAAGUUUGGAUGGAGUUAAGGUGUACCCACAAUCGACGUCCUCCGAGGCGCGACGAGGGAAAGUUAAGCAUUGGACGUUCUCCUGCCUGAACCCGAACUUUUCCGCACUUGGGCGCUCUGGGCAGGCCACCUACUUAACGCUGCUGUCUGGCGGGUUGGCCUACCUAGCGCGAGGCAGGCGCAAUCAUUAGCGUCACCUCGGGAAACGUACAUUGUGGGGAUACCUUAAAGCGGUUGUAUGUUUAACGCACAUGUGUUGGCACAAACUUUCUUUAAAAUGAUUUACUGGUGCAAACCAAAUGAAACUAGCCAAGUCUGAUGACAUCGGGUCGAUUUAGAUGUUAAGUCUCGAAUGAGGAACGUCUCGUCGGUAUUUUUUCUACCCUGCCGGUCAGGUGUAUUAAAAUUGAACGUAUUUUUUUGACGUUGUUGUGAAAGUAUUUUCAGAAAUGAUUGUAACGAUUUUGUUCCUCAAAGGAAAUGGAAAGCGCUGUAUGCUACACAAAUGGACUGCAAAAGUAUUAAAACAUAGCAUUGUAAACGAAUGAGAUGGCGGGAGGAAACUUCUUCCUGUCUGAAGUGGGUAAUAAAACACGCUUUUACCACCUCGUUGAA